AUGGCAAACUUAACAGUCAUACAAAAGGGGGGCAAUGGCUUCCAAUGUUCAGUAUUCUGUUGCCUCCUACUCCUGUACCUGAGGCUGUUAGCCCAAAUCCGAUGCACUGUUUUCAAUGUAAAAUCAUUUGGUGCUGUUGGGGAUGGUGUCUCAGAUGAUACAGAAGCAUUUAAGUUGGCAUGGGAUGCCGCAUGUCAUGCCGAAGAAUCAGGAACUGUUCUGGUUCCAGAUGGGCAUGUCUUCAUGAUACAAUCUACUAUAUUUACAGGUCCAUGCAAUUCUGCCCUUAGUUUCAAGUUUUCUGUUCCUAUCUUCUUGUAG